GAAAGUGCAGCUAUAACUGCAAAUUGUUUUGUUAAUUUUGGUAUUAUAUUUUGGUUUAAAGAUAAGACUUCCAUUGAUGGAUUACCAAUAUUUGCAUUCUCAAUUGGUAAAUUGGCACAUUCCCUAGUUUUGUUAUUGUUAUACUACAUUGAUUUUAGAAAAUAUAGAAAAGAAACAUCAAGUGGGAAAAGAUUAAAUUUAACAUUGACCAGAAUCUAUUCAAGUAAUACUAAUUAUUAUUAUUUUGAUCAUGAUGCCAUGAAUCAUUUUUACAAAAUUUUCUUCCAAUUAUGCUUCAAACAUUUAUUAACCGAAGGUGAUAAAUUAAUAAUUAAUUCAUUAUGCACGAUUGAAGAACAAGGUAUUUAUUCAUUAAUUUCAAAUUAUGGUUCAUUAUUGGCAAGAUUAGUGUUUGCACCAAUUGAGGAAAGUUUGAGAAAUUUUUUAACAAGAUUAUUAUUGGGUAAUAGAUCAAUCAAAAACUUAAAUUUAUCAAUUGAUAUCUUGAGGAAAAUCAUUGCAUUUUAUAUUUAUCUUUCCAUCAUUAUAACAAUUUUUGGUCCUUUAAAUUCAGGUUAUUUAAUUCAAAAAAUCAUUGGUAAUAAUUGGUCAAAUCAUGUUUCCAACACAAUCCCAUUAUAUACCCUAUACUUACCAUUAUUAGCAUUCAAUGGUAUUUUGGAAUCAGUGCAUCAAUCAACUGCAUCAGGUAACGAAGUUGUUACAUAUACCUAUUAUAUGGUUGUCUUUUCAGUUAUUUUCAUGAUUACCUCAUAUAUUGGUAUUGAUAAAUUCCAAUUAUCAUUACACGGUUUAAUUUUAUCGAAUAUGUUUAAUAUGUUGUUGAGAAUCAUAUAUUGUUAUGGAUUUAUCAAACAUUUUUAUCAAAAAAAUUUAAUUACGUCAAGCAUUUGGAAAUUUGAUAAUAAUCUGAAAUCAAUAUUGGCACUAAGUGUGGUUAUUUGGAUCAUUGAUCUUUCACUAUUUGGUUAUACUCGUAAUAUUAAGGAACUUGCUGGUAAUACAGUUCUUGCAAUGAUUUUGGUCGGGUUCAUCUUGUACAAAGAGAAGGAUUUGGUUUUAUCAAUCAUCAAAAGGAAACCAUUAGUAGAAUAAGCAUUGUGUAAUAAUAUAUUUAUGGAAACACCACGUCAUUGUUUGGACCAUAAACCGUACUACAAAACAGUAGAACCCCUAAAAAAAAACUAUUCAUCAAAUUUAUGCAACGUUAUAUA